AGAGCUUAGUUACUUGGGCCUUGGCCCAUGGUUUUUGUUGGACGGGGGGAGGAACGGGCCGACGGGUGACCUCGUCAGCAGGCACACCUCCACUCAGCUUGUCCUGUGCCGUGCCGUCUUCCCUUCUUCCCCCAACUCGCUCGCUUUCUCGUCCCCGCGCGGAAGCGGAGCACCCAACCCAACACGCCUCCCUCCCCUCCCCUCCAGAUCCAGCCUCCCUUUCGGCCUCCUCUUCCUCUGCUGAGUUCCUCUUCCUCCGUGGAAUCCGCACCCGCCGCCCGCCCCCAAUUCGGCCGGGAUCCUUCGAUUCGCUUCUUCCUCCCUCGUCUAUAGUUGGGAAAUCUCAACGCUGGGGAGUCGGUCAUCACUGUUGAAGGCCAUGAUAUCACUCUGCCAGGGCACCACAGGAAGUUUUGGCAAACUGAAUCCAUGAGUUUUGGUCAGCUUGGGACCCAAGGAAGGACAAUAAGGUUUGGUCCGAGAGUGAAGUAGCAGAGUGGUGCCAAAAAAAUUUUUGCCCAACACACCAUGCUUGAGGAUUUCUUCACUCUUACUGAGAUGAAGGAAGGGAUAUCAACGGUUGCAAGGAUCACAGAGCUCAUAUCUGAGAUGCGCAAGCUGGAAAACUCCGUGGACAUCAACACAUUUGACGUGAUAAGGCAGUGCUCCACGGCUGCCAACACACUAGCAUCCACCAAAAACGAAGAGUGUCUUCAGCAUUUUGUUCAGCUAAAUGGUGUUUCCAUUCUCAACCAUUGGCUUCAGGAUGCUCAAAAUUGUGGUGGGGACGUCAGCAAUCCAGCUGCUGAGGAUCUCAUAGUUGCGAUAUUGACUGCAUUGGACUGUCUUCCGAUCAGCAAUGAGCAAUCAGUCUCCUGUGGGGUUAUGCCUACUGUUGGUCACCUGCUGGCUCACAGAAUUGCCGUGAUCAACCAAAAGGCAAGAGCACUCUGUCACAAGUGGGGCGGUGUACCAAAACAUGGUACAAAUGGAGAGCAUUUUCAUACAGAGGAGUCAAGCCACACUGACCAGCUUAAGUCUCCAGAUGCCGGCCACAAGACAGAAACUAAGAGAAAGUGUGUAGUGGACGAAGGAGAGCCUGAUGAAGAAUCAAAACCUGAGGUGACAACUCACUCAGAUGCACCUUUGUCCGACCCUUCUCUGACUAAUGAUAAUGCAGAUGCAACAGAGCAACCAGCAGGGCUAACUUCACCAAAUCCAUCAAACGGAAAUGCAACAUUAGGGGAUGUGAACAACUUGGUCAGGUCUCCUACAUCUGCAGGUCAUGUGGGUUUAGAAGAUGGGCAGUCCACCCCCAAUGAAAUUUCUUCCAAUGAUGCUGAACUGCCCAUUAAUGGCAUACUCCGGUCAAACUCUACUAAUGCAAAAAGUGGUACUGGACAAGAUGCUCCAGUGGAAUCAACUCCAGUGGCCAUGUCUGUAGACCAUAAUAAACCUGGAAAGUUGUUUCCUGGUAGUAAAAUGGGUCUGGAGGAUAGUAUUAUUUCAGUUAGCUCAAGUAUCAAGGAGUCUCAGCCAUUUGCAGCUGGUAGAUCACAUUUGGAGAAGGAUACAACUGAAACUUUGAACCAUCUUGCAGUUGUAACCCGUGAUUUGCAAGAUUUGUCCGAGGAAAGUACAAGCAAAGAAGAUGAACCUACAUCAUCAUCUAGUACAGAUGAUAUGGACAUGAGCGGUGAUUAUAUAUUGCAAAGAUGCAUGUCGAGCUUUGGGGGCUCCUCCAAGGCAGCAGACACAAAAUCCACUGCAUUGGAAGGGGAGAAAUCAACACGAAUGGCAGACUUUGAUGAUACAGAUGCACUAGAAGUUGCACGUCUGGUAGCUAUUGAGGUGGAGCGGGAAGUCAUUGACUACAGAGAACCCUUUUGUAGUUCUCCUGAUACUAAUUCCAGGAAUGCUGACAGUCCUGACCUGGAAGGACCACGGCAGCCUGUAGCCAUUGCCAGUGAACUGAAUGAUAAUAAAUCUUCCAGUACAGAGGCUAAGUCAGGAAGCUCCUCAUCUCAUAAGGAGGAUGGAUCAGGCAUCACAGAUGGCAGCGGUCCGUUGAGUAGAAAACAUACACACAGUGUCGAUCUGGGGAACUUAGACCUUAAUGAAAAUCAGUGUGCCGAGGAAACUGACUUUAAUCCGAAGUCGAUCCUUAGUAAUUCUGUCAAUUUGUCAAUGCCUAUAGCUGUGGCUGCAUCAAGAGGCUCAUCUGUGUUUCCAGCUCGGCUCCACUUUGAAGGUGGACUUGGGUGGAAAGGCUCUGCUGCAACCAGCGCCUUUCGACCAGCUCCACCUCGGAGGACUCCUGAUGCAGAGAAGUCACUUUCAGCUUCUUCACAUAAAACAAGCAACAUAUUAUUUGAUUUAAAUGUAGCUGACAACGGCAGUGCUACUUCUGGUGAACCACUUUCGACAGCAAUCCUGCCAGCUUCUUCUGAACUACCUUCCGAGGUUGCUUCCAAAGCAGUUGAUGUGAGCGGAGGACUGAAACUUGACCUUAAUUUCUCAUGUGGUGAUGAGGAAGAUGCUAUCACUGCAAGCAAUGUGCCGUCAUUGUGGAAUCACCAACAAUUUAAUGGCAACUGGAGUCAGCCUUCUUUCUCAUCUUCAAAGCAACCUGCAGCCAGAAACUUUGACUUGAAUGACAACAUGUCGAUCGCUGAUGUUUCUGUGCGAGGAAUGGACGGGUCUUCUGUCAAGACUCCUUCAAGGCCAAGGGAUAUGUCGGACCAUUCUGCCGUCACAAUUAUGGGUAAGAGGAUAGUUGUAGGACAGAGAGAUGAUGGACAGCAAUACCAGCAUAACUUUCUGGGACCAAGUGCUGAAUCAAGAGUUUUUGCAAGACCCACUCAAUCUUUUGCACAUACUCCUGAUUAUAGUGUUCUCAGUUAUCCAUCUCAACCUGCCAUGCCUUUUACCCCAGCGUUCUUUGCCCCAGGGGGCAGUCCAUACUUGGUGGAUGCAAAAGGUGCACCAGUCAUACCACCGCUGUCAGGUCUAAGCCUCGGCAUUUCUCAUCCAUCUUUCAACACCAGAGCAACACAGCCCUCAUCUAAUGAACUGAGUUACUUCCAUCCUAGCGUGGAUUUCAGUUAUGGAGUGUCAUCUGAAGGCGCACGUAGGGAAGCAGGGAGCUACUGGCCCAUGUCCUACCAGGGUCAGACAAUGUUUGUGGAUGAACGCAUGAGGAAUGUAUCACAGGAUGGUACUUCUGGGUUGGUGCUGAAGCGAAAAGAGCCAGAGUCAGGUUGGGAUUUGUACCCACGUCGUUGAGCGUGAGCCUGAAGGUUUGUUGCAGUCGCAAUCGAUUUUGUCCCACUCUCUUAAAAAGGAUAUGUUCAAUGCUCCGUUUAUGGCGGCACCUUGGACAUUGUAUUUUAGGGUAUUUCUUUGGCACGGGCCCAGUUCUACUAGGUCUGAAGACAUACACGGAGAACUGAAUAAGAGAUCAGCUACAGGUAGAUUUGACAGAUGUUGACAUGGCAAGGACAUUGUUAGCUGCUGGAAACCACCUCGUGUAGAUCUGGUUCUUUGUGAAUGUAUUAGCUUUGUUUUAGUUGACAUAAUAUAGCCAAAUUGCUCUCUAGGGAGCUAAAUUAUGUAAAUCAUCAUCGUAUAACUCAUAGAUGAAAUGCAUCCCUUUUUAUCUAUCUUUAUUUUUCCAGUGUUGGUGCAAGUUGUACUGUGAUCAACUAUAUUGUAUAUAUGUCAUUGUUUGAAGCUGCGCAUCCA